UGGAUACGGAUCAGGGGCAAGAAGGAGGCGAAGAGAAGACGGCACUGGUCAGAAAACAGUUACGAAAUUCAACUCCAAGAUUUGGAAUAUGUUGUCCUCCCAUGAGUGCUGGAUUGUUACUGUUUUUCUGGCAGGUGUCUUCCCUCCAUCCAGCUCCGGCGUCCAAGUGUUUGUGAGAGACGAGAAGAAGUAUGCUGUGCUGUUCCAGUCAGUGGUUCUGCCGUGCCAGUACACCACCGUGUCCUACCAAACCGCCGUGGUGCAGUGGGUCUACAAGUCGUACUGUCGCGACCGCACCAGGGAUUCAUUUAACUUUCCCGACAACUUGGGCGGAGGUCUGGGUGGAGGAGGGCUGACAAGCGGAACGGGAGGAAUCAGCAGAGGGUACGAGAAGGGGAUGACAGCCAGCUACCUCGACUGCUCUGACAACAGUCGGACCGUCCGAACUGUGGCUUCCAUCUCUGGUUCCUCAGUCACAUUGUCAGAGUACUACAAGAACAGAGACAUCUCCAUCAUUAACAAGGCUGACCUGAGGAUAGGAGAGGUCCAGUGGGGAGACAGUGGAGUAUACAUCUGCAAAGUGGUCAUAUCUGAUGAUCUGGAGGGACAGAACGAAGCGUCUGUGGAGCUUUUGGUUCUUGGUUUCUCAGGUGUUCCUGAAGACCUCCUGCCAGACUUUGAUUUGAAGAUAAUGCCAGAGUGGGUGUUUGUGGUGGCAGUGGCACUUGGCAGUGUGUUAUUCCUGCUCUUGAUUGGAGUUUGUUGGUGUCAGUGUUGCCCUCACUCCUGCUGCUGCUACGUCAGCUGCUGGUGCUGCCCCGACACGUGCUGCUGCCCCAGACACUUGUAUGAGGCAGGAAAAGGUAUAAAGACAACCACCUCCUCACCUCAGACACCUCCCUACCCACCGUAUUUCGUCUCUGGUGUCCCAACCAUGGUCCCAAUUGCUCCUCCCUCUCUGGUGGACAAGAUAUCUUCAGUCCCCGGCUCAGAUGGGACCCUACUCACAGCAGUGCCCGUGCACGCUGUAGGGGUUCCCUACCGCGUGCCUUCACCUCAGGAUCAGGAUUCUCUCAGGGUGCUGCAGUAUGUAGAGAAGCAGCUGGCUCACUUCAACCCUGCCAGGUCCACCAGCCACCAGUCCUGUGCCCUGUCUGAACUGAGCUCCCUCCAUGAGGGAGAAAGUGGCUUCCGCCAAUCAUAUCGCAACAUCCAGAAGAACGCUCUGCCAGCCAUCCCCGAUCACGACACUCAGCCUGAACCUCAGCGCUACCGUGAAAACCGCAGUCCGGAGCCACAGAGUUACCGCGAUAAUCCCCCAUCUCCCCACCAUUAUCAUGAUGACCCUGACCCAGAGCCUCGCCACGUACGGGACGAGCCUCUUCCUCCGCGCCGAUACAGCGAUGACCCUCCAUCUUCGUCUCAGUCGCGCAGGCCCGGACGGAAUCAGCGGCAACAAAACCACAACAAUGAGGAAAACCACAACAGGUGGAACCCUCGCUCUGAACAUCUUCAAAGAAAAACAUACCGAACUGCAGGGCGAACCGGCUCACUGGACGAGCUGGAGGAGUUUGCUGCUUGUUACAAGCAGAGAGGAGGCAGAGGGGCAGAGAGGAGGGACGAAGAACAGCGAGAGUAUGAGAUGGAGCAUCUGGAGUACAGCCGAUACCCUUCUCACCGAGUUGCCCCACCUCAGCAUUAUCACAGUAAUGAAAAUGAGGUUGAGGACAUCAGCGACCGCGAAGAGCAACCCAGGCGGAUCAAGAAAAACAGACAUGACAUCAGCCCACUACCUUCACCCAAAAAGAGGAGGGACACGUCAGAUAGGGAGCGCACUGUCCCACCUCCUCCCACAGCAGGUCCACCUUCAACUUCUUCUCAAGAGAAGGACUAUGAUGCUACCUUCCUCAACAGCCUGCUGGAGCGUAAAGCUAAGUUACGAGGGGUUACCCAGGGGAGGACUGGGGCCCGGGGUGAUGAAGAUUCAGACACACCCUCGAAGAGCAGCCUGAAAAAGAGCAGCGGGGAAUCCAGUCGGCACUGCAGUCGCUCACCUAGUAACAGGCCCGACGCAGAUUUGCUGCCUCCUCACACGGAGACAGAGCGAGUAAGAACUGACAGGUCGUCACCAGGAAACACUCACUCCCCUCAGCCGCCCGUUCAUUCCUUAGCGAGUCACAGAGAAGAUCCCAGAAACAAGUCCAGGAAAGUGGUCAGGUUCAGAUGCUACCAGAAUGAAAACUAGAGCACUCUCCUCAGCCGAGACUCCCUUAUCGUCUGAUGGACUUCAGUCUUCAGUACAGACUGAAAGCGUUGUGCAGCCUUGAUGCACUACAGGAACUGCUUGUCAGCUGAUAAAAGAUGACAAACUUGGAUUCAUAAAGAUAACGUCAAGGACAGCAGACUGUGGGAGAGCUGAAUCAGUACUGAUGAGUGAAGACAAGGACAGCAGAGGCACCCGAGAUUGUUACUCAGCUGCUUGUGAUGUCAUGGUGAAGUCACUGGCUGUGUGUUAUGUGGACUAAGACUGAGCUAAUGCGUGCAGGGAGUAUGACCUGGACCGUUCCUGCGAGCAGUGUGCUGUUGGUCUCCCCUUGUUCCUGUCAGAAAAGGCUCUGAAGCAGAGAGAUUUACGUUACACUUUCAGCACAAUGCAUGCAUUCAUUUCCAUCUGAUGAGUUACGUGAAUGAAAAAGAACUGCUGUAGCAUGACAACGGUAUGACAGCACGGUUGUUGUAAAGGACCGCUGUGUCAUUCUGUAGUAUAUUCAGGGACUAAGGCACCUUAGUCAGAAAGCUUCUGCAGCAGUAAUCAGUAUUACCAAAUGUUUACGCUUAUUUAUUUUAUGGGACAGUGGACAUUAAUGAAACGACAGUGUUUAUGUGUCAGAGCUCAACAGCUAUUGUGGAUCCAUCAUCUGAAUACAACUAAAAUGACCAAAGGAGGUAAAGCUUUUUCUACUUAAAAUAAGGAUGAAAAUAGGAGAAAUAAGACAGUGCUGACAAUGUGCAGCAGCAAUCUGAAACAACACAAACAAUUAAAGACUGUCAACAAGUUGCCCCGUAGUAGAUCGAAUGCAGAAGUGAUACUGACUAACAAAUUCUUUAAACGCUUUAGCUUCCCUCUCAUCAGAGCUGAGAUAAACACACUGUUCAGCACCAAAUCACUUAGAGGCACAGUUAGUGAUUAGAUGGUGGACAUAGUGGAGGUUCUCAGAAGUUAGAGAGGAACAAAGCAGAGCUACACGAGAAGAAUAUCUGACAUAAAUUCCAAAUGAAUGGUAACUUGUGGUAACUUCGACUGAUAUAGUCACUUAUACAAAUGAGGUUUGUAAUAUAAGGUUUAAUUCCACGUAGCAACAUGUAUCAGCUAGAAACGUCUGAAUUGAUUUAGUUUCGUAUGUCUAUUAUUAAAAGUUUAUAGCAACAGGAUACCUCAGAAUGGGCCUCUUGUAGAUGGUUACAAAUGUGAGCAUUAAGCUGUCUGCAUAUAAUCUGUAAAUGACCUAAUAUGACAGAAAUCUAUGCAUUUUAAACAUUUUAAAAUACCUGUUAAGUCUGGAUAAAAAAAACUGUAUUAAAAAGACAAUGAUUUUUCAUCACUGUGUGAACGAAACACCCUGAAAAGAAGUAGAAGCACCAGAAGAGGCCUAAUAAUCUGUUCCCAAACAGCAAAAGUAUAUUUUGACGGUGAGAAAUAAGAAAUGGUUUUGAAAAUCAGUCAUAACUGAUAAAGCUGCACUGACGCAGCACUAAAGUGAUGAAGGUGUGGACUAACCUAUACUGACCUCUGACCCAAAUAUGACCCACAUUUGCUGUAGCAUUAGCAGCGGUGAUGCAGUUAACCCCAGUGCAGUUUUGUAACAUUAUCACUAAUGACGGGUAUAUAUUUACAUGAUACAUGCUAAAACAUGAUUCCCAUCAAAAUAUUUUAAUAUACAACAGUACAUGACAAACUGAAACUGUAUGAAAUUAGUGAAAAAUUAGGGAAUCGUUAAUGACCCCCUCCCCUCGCAAAGAAAAACGACAACAACAACUUUUUUUUUCCACUAUAUGAAUCCCAUUGGAAAUUCCCCCCAUAUUAGUUUUAGAGAUUUAAUCAUAGGUCAAGAUUAUUAUGCGACAGUAACAUUACUUUGUGGAGCUUUCCCUCCUCUAAUAAAAACAUGUUACAAUUUAUAACUAAAAGUUACAUUUUGUAUUGUCUGUAAACAUUUAAAGGUAUUGAACUGCAAUUUGCCUUUGAACGAUUUUUGUACUACACUUUUGUAUGGAACUCUUUGUGCACGUGGUGUGUUUGUGUUUAAAAUUUGUAAAUGAUCUUGUGUGUGUAAGCACUCAAGUGCGUACAUAAGAUGAAGUUUGUAUUUCACCAUAAUUCAGCCAUUGCUUAUCAAUGUUGAGUGAGCACUUAAACCAACUCAGUGUUAUCAGCAGCUACACACUAAGCGUGCUUUAUGGAACGGUCAUAUCAAAUAUUUUGUUCUAAUAUUACACUGUCCAGUAAUUCAUGGCUCCCAUGUUGGUGACAUCUGUGUAAUUAUUUUUUUAAUGGUUGGUGGAAAAAUUCUCCCUUUGUUUUCUCUUGUGUUUGGUACAGACAACUCUGUGUGCGGGAGUUAGCAGGAGCGAGAGAGAUGACUCUUUAUUUUUCUGUUAAGGAGACAAUGUGUGAUUGCGUAUGACUCAUAUCUUUGUUCAUUGUUUUAAUCACAGACUUGUAGUCUUGACUACACAGCUGGCUCGACGCUCACAUAUCGGGUCUUCCAGCUAAGCCGCAGAUAUUGUCCCUGUUUGUCGCCGACAUACCACAUUUGUUAUAAUUGCAGACAAUAGGUUGCUAAAGUGCCUAGUUGCAGGGUGGCAAACAUUAAGGCCAGCAGUGUUUGACUACGCAGCAAAAUAAAGUCCGCAGAAAUAAAACUCCAGGGUUUAUUGAAAGUUCAGAUUAUUUGUUUUAAACUGCAGAGACAUCAGUGGAAUGAGGGUGUUUCUCUAUCAUGCUGCUUAGUAUUUCUGUUGCGUCGGUAUGCAGACCUUACUGCCUUUACUGUGUAAUUGUAGUUUCUACUUCCUUUUGUGGAUAAAUAUUUUAAACCUUAACCAGAACGUUGAGAUUAUAAAAUGUUGUCCAUCUAAAAACAUGUCUGUGUAAACAAACCAAUAAUAGCCAUUUAUUUGUUUCCAUACUAAUCAACACAUCAUCAAAUCUAUAAUCCUGCAUAAGAAAUACUUUAAUUGGAAGCUUUUUCUUUCUUUUUUUGGGUUUAUUUUUGUUUGCGUGCCAAGCCGACGUCAGUGUGUUGCGAUUUCUGUUAUCUGGCCACACCUCCAAAGGGAAGGUUUAGCAGGUGAGGAGCAGCCAGUCAAAACAAAGGUGGCUUUUAAGGAGGGGCAGCCUUGGAGAUCCAAGACAGGUAGAAUUAUGCUUAGUUUGCACUAUUACACUUGUGUCCGUUUUCAUUAGUAUUUGCCUACAGAGAGGGGCUUUCAACCACUGCAGAUAUGUUCCCGUUGAGUCCUCCAAAAUCCCAGCUGCACAUCGCUCAAUCUAGAUGAAGCACAAAAAGACCAUCAAAGACCAAAAAAAUAGAACAUGAAGGGUACAAGCAGCGGCUGCUGUAGACACUUUUCACUUGUUGUAUAACUUCAUUCUUCACCAUGGGUGGCUGAUGGACCAACAACAGCACAAGCAAGAUUAGCCCACUGACUGGUUGUACCACAUAUUUUUGAUGCAGUUUGACUUUCUGCCCACAGACUGCCACCACUGAACCAUAAUGUUCCCAUAACACUGUGAUUGCUGCAUAAAGGUUCAGUACAAAUAAAUAAAUAAGAACUGA